CGAGAGUGUAGCGAGCCAGGCGUGGCAGUCAGCUGGUGCCGGGCUCCCGGGCUGCCUCAGACGACAUCCACCAGCGGGGAGGACUGGACGUUGCUGUAGCUGCUCCUGCUUUUUCUCUAGUUUUAUUUUCAAGAAUACUAAAAGUCGUCCUGAAGCAUAAUGUCUGAGUCAGGCUACAAGAAGAAUGAUCCCUCCUUCUCCUCCCGGGCCAUCCAUGAAGGCAACGAACCUGAACAGUGGAACCAUUUAGCAGUUGUUCCGCCAAUUUCCAUGUCAACAACGUUUAAACAAGGAGGUCCUGCUGAGUUUAAAUUUUAUGAAUAUGGUCGUUCAGGUAAUCCAACCCGAAGUGUCCUUGAAAAGUGUCUGGCAUCAACUGAAAAUGCAAAGCAUGGCUUGACAUUUUCUUCGGGUUUGGCUGCCACUACUACGAUAACGCAUCUCCUCUCUGCUGGCGACCACAUUAUCUCCAUGGAUGACCUCUAUGGUGGCACCAACAGAUACUUCAGGCGUGUUGCCUCCCGGAUGGGAAUUGAGGUAGAUUUUGUUGAUGCAGUUGAUCCAAAGAAUGUGGAAGCAGCAUUUAAACCCAACACGAAGAUGGUUUGGAUUGAAACUCCAACCAAUCCUACAAUGAAGAUUGUUGACAUUGCAGCUGUGGCAGCUAUAGUGAAAAAGCAUACCAAAUCAUUCCUGGCUGUGGACAACACAUUUAUGUCUCCAUAUUUUCAACGACCUCUUGAUCUUGGAGCAGAUAUGGUGAUGCAUUCGGUAACGAAGUAUAUCAACGGACACACUGACGUCAUCAUGGGAGCUGUCUGCACUAAUCGGGAUGACCUUCAUGAUGAACUUCGUUUCCUCCAAAAUGCUAUCGGACCUGUUCCUUCCCCAUUUGAUUGUUACUUGGUUAAUCGGUCACUCAAAACCUUGGCACUGAGAAUGGAACAACACAUGAAGAAUGGUUUAGCAGUGGCCAAGUUUUUGGAGACUCACCCUUGUGUGGAGAAGGUCCUUCACCCUGGGUUACCAUCUCACCCUCAGCAUGAGUUAUCCAAGCGUCAGUGUUUUGGUCAGUCUGGCAUGUUGAGUUUCUACAUCAAGGGAAACGAUUUAGAGACAUCAAAGAAAUUCUUUAAGCAGUUGAAAGUGUUCACGCUUGCUGAGAGUUUGGGAGGAUACGAGUCACUGUGUGAGCUUCCGUCUUUGAUGACACAUGCAUCUGUGCCAGAAGAAGAUAGAAAGAAACUUGGAAUCACAGAUGGACUUAUACGUGUUUCAUGUGGUUUAGAGGGUACUGAGGACCUUAUUAAAGACCUGGAUCAAGCUCUCAAAGCUGUGGUUCAUGUUUGAGGAGCAUCUCCAGGCUAUUCCACUAUAUUAGUCACGACCCAGGAAAGACUACAGUCGUGGCUGAAUGUUAACUUGCUCUAACCACAGCAAGUCCCUGUUCAGAGUACUGUAUCAUAUUGAUAGAUAGCAUAUAAUAAUAAUAAUUAUACAGUAAUAGUAAUUUAUUGUGUUGGGACAGGAAGCCAGAGUGUAUUCAUAAACGUAUUGGCUUUUAUAGAGGUUUCCCCCCCUAAGGCCGAAUUACUGACCCCGCCAGAAUGCAACCCCACAUGAAGUUGACUAACACCUGAGUUCCUACUUGCUACUA